AGGUUUAUCAUUUAAACGGCUGAGAUCUUCUCUCUCUCAUCACCUUUCAAUCUUUAUCAAAUAUUUUAUUACAGCACUAUUUAAAUAUCAAAAUGUAAGCAAGUGGCAUAAAAAUUUUACAGCACCGCCGCUCUAAUACUUUUUCUCUCUCCCAUCAUUUCUUUCUUCCUUGCUCUGCUCUAUCUAUUUUUAGACAUCUCAGAUUUCUCAGUAUCACAGAAUAAAUGGUCAUGGAUAGAAAUUAUAAGGGGCUAUAUGAUGCAACAUCAUUAAAAGAUGAUGGUUUGUCAUAUUUUCCGGAUGUGAAUCUGAUUAACAAUCUUAGAGUUAGUGAUGAUGUUCCACAAUUUCAACCUGAUCCAAAACCGGAGGUUUUAGUUCCAUCGGUUACCGAUAACUCUCAUGAGGAUUAUGAUUUUAGUGAUGUAGUUCUUAAGUACAUAAGCCAGAUGCUUAUGGAAGAGAAUAUUGAAGAGAAAGCAUGUACGUUUCACGAGUCUGCAGCUCUUCAAGCUGCUGAAAGAUCGUUUUACGAAGUUAUUGGACAGAAAUACCCUCCGUCCCCCAAUCAGAAAAUGCCAGAUUUAGGUCAGGAUAGUAGUAAUUGUUAUAGUUGUGUAAGUGAUGUUACUGAUGGCUUACUAUGCCCGAAUUGGAAUCCUGAUCUUGGUGAUUCUGACUUUUCGCAUACUCAACAGUUUCCGGUUGAUUCUGCUUAUGCUGCUUCGAGUUCACAGUCAUCCCACAGUUCACCGAGCAGCUCGGGAACUGUCACAGAUGCACAUGUGGAUUCUCCUGUGGGCAGCUCGAUUCAGAUUCCGGAUAUAUUUAGUGAUAUUGAGUCGAUCAUGCAGUUUAAGAGAGGCGUUGAGGAAGCAAGUAAGUUCCUUCCUACGGGUAAUAGUUUGCUCCUCGAUGUAAGGUAUAAUGUAGUGGUGAAGGAGGAUAAUAAUGAAAACGGAAAAGAUGUGAAGGUGGAGCAUCGUGGGAAACAGAGAUCUCUUGAAGGAUCAAUAAGAGGGAAGAAAAACACUCAUCAUGAUGAUGACGAUGUUAUGGAAGAGAGAAGAAGUAACAAGCAAUCUGCAGUUUUUUAUGAAUCAACCGUCCGAUCAGAUUUGUUUGAUAAAGUAUUGCUAUGCAGUGGAGGGAAAAAUGAAUCUGCUCUUCGCGAGUCCUGGCAGACGGUAUCAAGUAAAAAUGCUCCAGAGAAGAACAUCCUUUCUACUGGUAGGAAGUCUCGCGGAAAGAAGCAAGGUGGUAAAAGAGAUGCGGUCGACUUAAGAACGAUCUUGACACUUUGUGCACAAGCUGUUGCUGCAGAUGAUCGAAGGACAGCAAACGAGUUUUUGAAGCAGAUUAGGCAGAAUUCUUCUCCAACAGGGGAUGGGAUGCAGAGGUUGGCCCAUUAUUUCGCGAACGGUCUUGAGGCUCGCAUGGCUGGUUCUGGUACUCAGAUUUAUACUGAUCUUAUUUCCUUGCCUACAUCAGCAGCUGAUAUCCUGAAAGCUUACCAGCUAUUUCUUGCUGCCUGCCCGUUUAGAAAGCUCUCUAACUUCUUCUCAAAUAAGACAAUUAUGAAUUUGGCUGAAACAGCAUCGACAGUACAUAUUAUAGAUUUCGGUAUCAUGUACGGAUUCCAAUGGCCUUGCUUCAUACAACGUCUCUCUUGUAGACCAGGUGGACCCCCCAAGCUCCGCAUAACCGGGAUAGAUUUUCCGAACCCCGGUUUCCGACCAGCAGAGAGGAUCGAGGAAACAGGGAGGAGGUUAGCUAAUUAUGCUGAGAGUUUCAAUGUUCCGUUUGAAUUCAUAGCAAUAGCACAAAAGUGGGAGACGAUUAAAGUUGAGGAUCUUAAGAUCCAGAAGGAAGACGAGGUUCUUGUAGUAAACUGCCUGUAUCGGUUCAGGAAUCUACUCGAUGAGACUGUGGUAGUAAAUAGUCCAAGAGAUAUUGUAUUGAAUUUAAUCCGGAAGGUAAACCCUAAUGUUUUCAUAGAGGGAAUCAUAAACGGUGCUUAUAAUGCUCCCUUCUUUAUCACACGAUUCCGGGAGGCGCUUUUUCAUUACUCAUCAGUGUUUGAUAUGCUUGAAGCAAAUAUUCCCCGUGAAAUUCCCGAGAGACUGCUGGUUGAAAAGAUAAUAUUUGGGCGUGAGGCAAUGAAUGUUGUAGCGUGCGAAGCUGCUGAGAGGAUUGAGAGACCAGAAACAUAUAAACAAUGGCUGGUCCGAAAUAUUAGGGCGGGUUUUAGGCAGCUUCCUUUGAACGAGGAGAUAUUGAGGAUGGCGAAAGACAGGGUAAAGGCGUACCACAAGGAUUUCGUGAUUGAUGUAGACGGUCACUGGCUACUGCAGGGAUGGAAAGGUCGUAUCAUUUACGCACUUUCAACCUGGAAGGCAGCUGAUUGAAUCUCAACUCGUUACUCGUGAAGGAACAAGUUCAUCCGCAAGCUUGGCCUCUCAAAAGUGAAUUGAUCUAUGGUGCUGGCUCUUUUAAAGUGAAAAG